UAGAUUUAAAGGAAGCAGUAAAUGUUUCCCUCGGCUCAGCUACUGCGACGGACUCUAUCUGCUUCGGACCGCUCGCCAUUUUAAUCUGCCAUUUGAAGGAAUAACAGCCGCACUUACCUAUCAUAAGGCGUCUCUUUACCGCCGCACAGAUCUCCAUGAUGAUGGAAAUGGAGGUGAUGCAUUCCGGUCAACAGGCCAUGGAGCUGAUUGACAUACUGUGGAAGCAGGACAUUGAUCUCGGCGCCAGGCGUGAAGUGUUUGACUACAACCACCGUCAGAAAGAACAUGAACUGCGGAGGCAGCGGGAGCUGGAAGAAGAGAAGAGGCAGCAUUUGGUGCGGGAGCAGGAGAAGGCCCUGCUGGCACAGCUACAGCUCGACGAGGAAACAGGAGAGUACAUACCCCGCCCGCCACCCAGCGCCCCACGGCAGUCGGCUGUCACACCUCUAGAGGUUUCACAGAAUGUCAGCUUCACAGAAGACAACUGUGAUGCCAUGUCAUUUGAUGAAUGUUUGCAGCUACUGGCAGAGACGUUUCCCGUAGAGGAAGCUGAGAGCACCUCAGUUUGCCUGGACACAACUGCUGUUUCAGCACCCAUGAUGUCGCCCGAUCAACCGGCUCUGCCACCAGCCACCCUAUCUCCAGGUCCACUAUCACCACCACCACCACCACCACAGAGGAUGUCCCCAGAUUUGGAGCAGGCCUGGAUGGAGCUUUUGUCCCUCCCUGAGCUGCAGCAAUGCCUGAGCAUGCAAAUGGAGGACACACUGGAGACCACAGCUUAUCCUCUUCCAAACAGCCCUGAAGUGCAGAAUCCAAACUACACUUUUUACCCCAUGACCAAUCUCAGCGACGGGGAAAUAAACAGUUUAAAUGUUUGUCCCACAGAGUUUAUGAAUACAUUCGAUGGCUCUGUUCCCAGUAUGGCCACACCGGACAAUCUCAGCCAGAUGAAGGCAAAAGCUCCUCAGUUAAAUGCUAACUUUGCAGCAGAGAGUUUCUGUGACAUGUUUUACCCCAGCACCAUUCUGGAGGAGAGCAGCGGUCGACAUAGCCUUGAAGGAAACGAAAGUAACGCCAUGUCUGACAUCCCAAACAAGCCUCCCUUUACUACAGUGGACCUUUACAGCCUCUCACCUGGAGAUGCCUUUGACAGAGGCAAACAGAGUAUGAAGACAGAAAUGCCAGAUUCAGAUUCAGGAAUCUCUUCAAACACCAGUCCAAAUGCUAGUUCACCUGGGAAGUCCGUGUAUGGAGAUGGGUCCUUUGGUGGUUACAGUGAUUCAGACAUGGAGGAGAUGGACCACAACCCUGGAAGUGCAGAAUCUGACUACUCAGAGAUGUUCACACUUAAUUUCCAACCUGAUGACCUUCAGUUAGGAAUCUCUGUGUCUGUACCGAUAGGGCAGCCCCAACAGACGCAGGAAAAGAAGCCCAAGCAACACAAGACGGACCCAGCAGAGGAGAACGGCCACAACAGCGCCCCCUUCACCAAAGACAAGCAGAAGAAACGUUUGGAAGUGCGUCUCUCCAGAGACGAGCAGAGGGCUAAGGCCCUCAAAAUCCCUUUCACUGUUGACAUGAUCAUCAAUCUGCCUGUUGACGACUUCAACGAGAUGAUGUCGAAGCACCAACUCAGCGAGGCCCAGCUGGCCCUGGUCCGAGACAUACGCCGCCGUGGCAAGAACAAGGUAGCUGCCCAGAACUGCCGCAAACGCAAGAUGGAGAACAUAGUGGGUCUGGAGAGCAACCUGGACUCGCUGAAGGAGGAGAAGGAGCGUCUGCUGAACGAGAAGAGCCAGAACAUCACAAACCUGAAGGAAAUGAAGCAGCAACUCAACAGCUUGUACCUGGAGGUCUUCAGCAUGCUGAGAGACGAGAAGGGGAACACCUACUCCCCCUCCGAAUACUCCCUCCAGCAAUCAACUGACGGCAGCGUCUUCCUCGUCCCUCGCAUCAAAAAGACUUUCAUUAAGAGCGAAGACAACCUCGUUUCUCCUUUGUAAUAUGGUACUGCAUUAUCAUAGUAAUACUAUGCAAUAACUUUGUAGUCCUUCAGCUUUAAAGUAUAAGUAGCUCAGCAGAACUAUUGUAUAGUUUUUGCUCACUUCUCUUGAAUGUUGUAAUAUUUUUGAUAUUUUACUUCUUUUGUACUCGGAUACCUUAAACAGAUUCUUUAACCAAUAUUGUUUGUAAAUAUAAACACUUGCUUUUGAGAUUGAUAUACUGUUACUGUAUGUGUACAUAUAUAUAUUGUAUAUAUCAUAUUUCUGUAUGCUAAUGAUUGUUUCAAUCAUUGUUACUCAUAUUUUAUAACUGUCCCUUUAUGAUUUGCUGCCCAGGUUCUUUUAUAAAAUAUUGACUUCUGUGCUUUUCAAUAAAGUAUUCCUAUAGCUG